GGCGUUGGGUAUGGUACGGUAAGCUACUUGAUCAUCAUAUUUCGGCGCACUCCCUCCUCUUCUCCUGACAUUGCUAACAAGAAUAUAGCUGCGAAACCCGCACUCACGGGAGAGACAGCUUCGACGAGCCUAUCCUGAAAGAAAGCGCUCCUUCAUCCCUUGUAUUUCCUGAGAUAUUCUUUGCUGCAGUCUCUUCCAAUCUUGAAAAAAGUACUGUGGCUGAACUGGUAGUUACCAACGGAACACUUGACCCACCGCGGGCCUCGCAUCCUCUCUGACUUUUUUUUUUUCCCCUGCCGACGUUCAUCAGCUUCAGCGUCGGCGUCAAUAAAUCCAUCGGUUUAAUAUACCUUCCACCCUCACCCGUCCCUUUUUUUUCGACCCUUCAACUCCUGGGUUUUUUCUAUUCGGAGUCACCAUACAACCUCCUUGCUGGUCUAGCUGUCUCGCUUCAUCACAACUCCCAUCGUCAGACCCCCUAGAGAAGCAACAGCCUCGCUCCUAGCCUACCGCGUAGGAAUUCGACUACCCCUCUCAAUCCACAUAUUUAUUACCUUCUCCGUCUUUCUCCAUCUCAGUAGACUCUUCAGCGAGUCAAUAUGGUGAAAGAAACCAAAUACUAUGACACCCUGGGGGUUGCUCCAACAGCGACAGAAGCAGAGCUCAAGACCGCCUACAAGAAAGGCGCCUUGAAGCAUCACCCAGAUAAAAAUGCGCACAACCCUGAUGCUGCGGAAAAGUUCAAGGAUCUCUCCCACGCCUAUGAAAUCCUUUCAGAUCCCCAAAAACGUGCCCUCUAUGACCAGUACGGUGAAGAAGGCCUUGAACAAGGAGGAGGUGGCGGUGGCAUGAAUGCUGAAGACCUCUUUGCCCAAUUCUUCGGCGGCGGCGGCGGGGCUUUCGGCGGUAUGUUUGGCGGUGGAAUGCGUGAAACUGGACCCAAGAAGGCGCGCACAAUUCACCAUGUGCAUAAAGUUAGCCUCGAAGACAUCUACCGCGGAAAAGUCAGCAAACUCGCUCUUCAGAAGUCCGCUAUCUGCUCCCAGUGUGAUGGACGCGGUGGUAAGGAGGGUGCCGUCAAGACUUGCGGACCCUGCAACGGAACCGGUAUGCGCACCAUGAUGCGCCAGAUGGGCCCUAUGAUCCAGCGCUUCCAAACUGUUUGCCAGGAGUGUGGUGGUGAAGGUGAAACUAUCCGGGACCGCGACCGCUGCAAGCGCUGCCUCGGAAAGAAAACUGUCCUCGAGCGAAAGGUUCUACAUGUACACGUUGACAGAGGUGUCAAGACCGGCCACAAGAUCGACUUCCGUGGAGAGGGUGACCAGAUGCCAGAUGCCUUGCCCGGAGAUGUUCAAUUUGAAAUCGAACAGAAGCCACACCCCCGAUUCCAGCGCAAGGAUGAUGACUUGUUCUACCAGGCUAAUAUUGACCUUCUCACUGCACUGGCUGGUGGUACUAUUAACAUUGAACAUCUUGAUGAACGAUGGCUCAGUGUGACCAUUGCUCCAGGCGAACCAAUUACACCAGGUAUGUCCUGUUCCUAUUAUAAUAUGUUCCUUCCUACCAUCUAAUACUAACCUGUCUUGUUCCCGUCAACAGGUCAAAUCAAAGUGAUUCCAGGCCAAGGAAUGCCGUCCUACCGCCAUCAUGACUUCGGAAACCUCUAUAUCCAAUUUAACGUCCAGUUCCCAGAGAAGGACCAGCUACAGAAUCUCGAGCUACUUGAGAAAGUUCUACCACCACGUUUGACCCAGGAAAUGCCACCACCAGACAGCAUGGUAGAAGACUUUGUCUUGGAGAAUGUCGACAGCAACGGCGGCCAGGCCAGGGCCCAAGGAGCGGCCAGAGGAGACGACGACGAAGACGACGGCAUACCGCCUGGUGCGGAGAGAAUGCAGUGCGCAUCCCAGUAAGCCGAACGAAUGAAAUUCUAGGCGAUGCCCAUGCUUGGUGGUGUCAUGAGGCGUGAUGGUGAAGUGUGCGGUGAUGCGUUGAAUGAUAACGAACUGAGAAACAAAAAAAGAGAUAUCAAAUGUGGUCGGUGGUCGGGAAACUUAUAAUUUCAUGCAUUCGAUCGGCGAAUUAUUAUUUUUUACUUCCUAUUUCUCUCCCUGUUCUAUGUUUCUUGCGACGACUUCCCUGAUCCAUUUUCUAUUUCGUUGCUUUCACGCCCUCAUCGAAGUCUAAUUCAACCCCUUUUGCUUUGUGCUUUUAUUAUUCUUGUUCUGUUUGUGUGCUCGAAAUAGAACGAAUCCAUUUUUACAUGAUUUUUACUACUGAUCCUGUCUUUCGUCUGCCGUCUGUCGCCAGUGCUCUUGUGUCUAAGUACAGUGUAGUAGACUACUUAUCUACAGUUUGUAGCAGGGAGAAGAUAGAGGAAUAGACGGUAUGUUAUGCCCAGUUAGAACAGCACAUAUGUGUUGCCGUCUACUUGGUUGCUCGAUUGGCAUAAUAUCGUUUAAGUGCGUAUUCUAUACAUAUAAUCCUUUGGUAAUUCUUCCGCGACCUCAAAUCUAACACACCGAUAUAAUUCAUUCCAGCGUAUGGUCCUAGCAUAUGGUUCAUUAUAGAAAAGACUCUAGUGAACUACCUAUGUUAAUGUUUGUCCCUUACAGGAAUGGUAAUGAACGCUAGACAGCCUAGGAUAGAGAUGCGUGUUAACACGCAAUCUAAGCUGGAGAAGAAUCACCCUGUCUGGUUGACAUGAGUACAAUAGAACAGAAAGCUAUUGUUACCGACUGCUUGGGAAGGAAUACGCCUCCUAGAUCUUAACGUUUCGAGCAGGGACACCGAUAGGUUUGGUGCCCAAGACCUAUAUCUACCCUUGGCCAAAAAGCAGCAUAGGGGAACGCCUUAGUGAGGAGCAGGCGUUUGAUAUUCCUAUCCCCCGGUGGGAUUUGAAAGGAAUGAGAUUAGAAAUACCGAGUGGCAGAUGAAGGGAACAAGUUUCCGAUGAUAGUCCUGAUACAUAAACAACCACGGAAGCUGGCUGAACCAGCGUCGAUGGAAUAGGGUAUUGAUGAACGUCCAAGCAUAUAUCUCAUCUCAACUAUGAGCUCAUACACCCCUGGUUGUUGGAUAGGUCAUCUCAAAGGUGUAAAUUGAACGGAGAGUUUCUCACCGGUCGAUCAGGUCAGCGAAUGCUCUGAACACGAAUCACGGAUCCAUAGGCCCUGCUCGUCUACCUGCUUCCGGUCAAAUGUUGAUGCUUUUCCUCACCAAGACUACCUACUCGUGCUAAGAUUGGAAAAUGAUCAGGACACUCCGUCGAGAUCACAACUACACACCGACAGCCUUACUGAGUGCGUAUUCUUUCGCAAGGCGCAUGUCACUACGUCUGAGAGGAGGACAUGGCUGCGAGUCUCGUGGAGAUUC